ACCAAGUGGCACAGAAAAAGAGGGACACUACCACAUCCUAGCAGGCAUACCCAGGUAAAAGCCUCACUGUGAAGAGAUCAUUUACAGUCGCUGUAUUUACUCCAGAGCAAUGGAGUUAGACGGCACUGCAUCAGACAACACAGUGGAGGAGCAGUGGAUCAGGAGGAUGUCGGAGCAGCAGAGUGCCCCAGAGCAGCUGGCUGCUGGGAAGAGCCAGGGUGGAGCUGGAGCCACAUACAAGGUGGUGGUGUUUGAGUUCGAGAACUUUCAGGGCUGCAAGGCAGAGUUUUCUGCAGAGUGUAAAGAUGUGACCGAGAAAGGUCUUGAAAAGGUUGGCUCUGUGAUAGUUGAAUCAGGACCGUGGGUGGGCUAUGAUUGCCAUGGGUUUGCAGGGGAGCAGUUUAUUCUGGAGAAGGGAGAAUAUCCUCGCUGGGAUACCUGGACCAACAGUCAGAACAGCUACUCUCUCUUGUCUCUAAGGCCACUCAAAGUGGACAGUGCUGAGCACAAGCUACAACUCUUUGAGAACCCUGGAUUUACUGGGAGAAAGAUGGAGAUUCUUGACAAUGAUGUUCCCAGUUUGUGGGGUCAUGGUUUCCAGGAUCGUGUAGCGAGUGUCAAGGCUCUUAAUGGAACAUGGGUUGGCUACGUGUACCCAGGCUACAGGGGGCGCCAGUUCAUCUUUGAGCAAGGAGAUUUCAAGCACUGGAAUGACUGGGAGGCACCUGCUCCCCAGAUCCAGUCAGUCAGACGUGUGCGGGACAUGCAGUGGCACAAGAGGGGCUGUUUCAGUGUUCCUGACCCUGCUCCUGCUCCUACCCCAGACCCUGACCCUGCCCCAGCACCUCCUGCUCCCCCCGCUACAGCUGGAGCCAGCUGAGCAGGAACCUCAUCUGCCUCCAACCCCUCCUGCAGCCCCUCCUACGCUGCCAACAGUGCCUGCCCUCUGCCCUAAUCUAACCAUGGCAAACGCUGCUUGUGCCCAGUGAGGAGUGCCAUGUAUGUUUCAGUGGCGAAUAAAACUUGUUUGACCUGGAGUUGGCCCUGUUUGUUGGUGAUGUUAUACUUGUAAAUCAAACUGUAUGUGUUAAUGUGGAAAUGGCAUUAACAGAAAUAGAAAUGCUUUAGAAAAAAACAUUAUCAAAGAUGUAAAACUGACAUCUGUGUGGAAGUAACACAGCCUACAUUUGGAAAAUAUUUCAAAGUGCAGAUGUGUUUGGAGUUGAAUUUAUUUCAAGUCAUGUGUGCCACUUUUAGUACUUGUGUUUUCAGUUUAGUCAUCCAGCAUUAGCAGCACAUGACUGAUUCAGUGAAUAUGUGGAAACGCAUCUGCUUAACAGCAAUGGAAAUGAUGUCAUACUGUAUGUAUGCUUGCUAUUAAAACAGAGUGCACUGCA